GGUAGAAGGAUCCUCACGCAGGUGGCCCAUUGCAGAAACAGCAGCUUCUAGCACAAGGAUUAUUGUAGAACAUGAAAGGUGUGUUCCAGACAGGGAAGUGAUGUCUGUGGGGUCCCCGGUCACGCACCCCGCAGCAGAGGGCUCUGUGUCCGGAGCCACCGGCGGGAUGCUGCUGCUGCUGUGCCUGCUGCUCUGGGCCACCUGGAGCCGGAGGAGAACCGGCCCUCCAUCGCUGCCCGGGCCAGCGUUCUGCGGCGGGAUCGGGCCCCUCCUGUCCUACUGCAGGUUCAUGUGCACCGGGAUAGGAACUGCCAGCAACUACUACAACGAGAAGUAUGGCAGCCUGGUGCGCGUCUGGAUCAACGGAGAGGAGACACUCAUCCUCAGCAAGUCCACUGCGGUGUACCACGUCCUGAAGAGUGCUCACUACACUGCCCGCUUCGGCAGCAAAAGGGGGCUAGAAUGCAUCGGCAUGGAAGGCAGAGGGAUCAUCUUCAACAGUGACGUUCCCCUCUGGAAGAAAGUGAGGGCAUAUUUUUCUAAAGCUCUGACGGGCCCCGGGCUCCAGAGAACCGUGGGGAUCUGUGUUCGCUCCACGGCAGAGCACCUGGACCGGGUGCAGGAGAUGACGGACGCCUCCGGCCACGUGGACGUCCUGAACCUGCUGAGGUGCAUCGUGGUUGACAUCUCUAACCGGCUGUUCCUCAGGGUGCCCCUGGAUGAGAAGGAGCUUCUAUUGAAGAUUCACAACUACUUUCAGACCUGGCAAUCAGUUCUGAUCAAGCCCGACCUGUUCUUCAAAAUCGGAUGGUUUACCAAUAAGCACAAGAAAGCAGCGAAAGAACUCCAGGAUGAAAUUGAGAACCUGAUUGAGAUGAAAAGGAAGACACUGGCUGAAUCUGAAAAGCUGGAUGAUCACCAUGACUUCACGUCAGAACUCAUCUUCGCUCAGAACCAUGGUGAGCUGUCGGGAGAUAACGUCAGACAGUGUGUGCUGGAGAUGGUGAUCGCAGCCCCAGACACACUGUCCGUCAGCCUGUUCUUCAUGCUCAUGCUGCUCAAGCAGAACCCAGAGGUGGAGCUGAUGCUGGUGGAGGAGAUGCUCCAGGAAUUAGGCAGCAAGGAGGUGGAGCACAUGGACUUCCAGAACCUGAAGGAGCUGGAGAAAUUCAUCAACGAGUGUCUGAGGUUCCACCCCGUGGUGGACUUCACCAUGCGCAAGGCACUGGAGGACGACGUCAUCGACGGCACCAGAAUCGCCAAGGGAACCAACAUCAUCCUCAACAUGGGCCUCAUGCAUCGCACCGACUUCUUCCCCAAACCAAACGAAUUCAGCCUGGAGAACUUUGACAAAUUGGUGCCCAGUCGGUACUUCCAGCCUUUUGGCAGCGGUCCACGCUCCUGCGUGGGCAAGCACAUCGCCAUGGUGAUGAUGAAGGCUGUGUUGGUGACUCUGUUGACCCGCUUCACGGUGUGCCCACGGCGGGGCUUCAGCCUCAGUACCCUCCGACAGACCAACAACCUGUCUCAGCAGCCCGUGGAGGACGAGCGAGGUCUCGCCAUGCGGUUCAUCCCCAGGCCCGGCCGGUGGACCACGCCCACCUCCCCAACGACCGCUGAUCAAUAGAAUGAGGCAGCAUGAACCAAGCAGCCAUUUUGGUUCCCUGUUGGGUCUCAACAGGGGGCAACUGAAAUCCUAAUACCGCUGGUUACAUUUACUAUAGCAACAAUUUGGGGAUACAGGAGACUGCUAUUUGUCAAUUUAAAAUGUGCUUGAAAUAGGAGAUUUUGUUUUCUACGUUUAUUUCCAAUUAUUUCGAUUUUCUGUAAUUUCAUUUAAAAACAUCAUUUAAAAACAUAUUACUGGUACAUACUUAAUA